ACCAAAAAGACGAUUUUAUGCCAACGCAAAGUUGGCCAACAAUCUGCAAUUUCAGUCUGCAAACGGUCAGCCAGGUGAACGGCAGCCAAGACAGGUUGGCAUAACAUACCAAAGCGGAAAACAUAAAUACAACAGCAACUGAAGAGUCGUCAUAAUGAAGAGAGCCACACGCUGGCUGAUCAUAACAGCGACAGUGCUGUUAUUGGGUCUGCUUAGCUCUGCGGAUGCUGCGCUGCCCUUCAAAAAGGUUUCCAUUGCCAAAACUCCCGCCUCUACAACCAGCACAAGCACAACGACCACCACAACGACUCCGGAGCCUGUCACAGAGAAGGAGGAGCCGCCCACUGCUGAGGGCGAGGAGGGCAAGUCGGAAAAUGGCACGAUUUCAAAGAGAAAACUGACGGGCAUACCCCAAAUUGAUUAUGUCUGGGAUCCAAAUUUACCAAGGGAGCUGAGAGGCUACAACCUCUCGACCUAUCCCUUCUUGUCUUCCGUUCCACCCAUGGAUGAGAUCCACUUCAAGUGCGAGGGUCUACACGAUGGCUUCUAUGCCUCCAUUGAGUACAAAUGCCAGAUCUAUCAUCAUUGCGUCUAUGGCAUACGACACGAUUUCCUCUGCGCCAAUUUCACGGCCUUCGAUCAGCGCACCUUCAUUUGUCACUUUGCCUCCGACGUGGACUGCGAGGGCUCGCAAAAGUAUUGGAACAGAAACGAUGAGCUGUAUAUGGCCACCACAACGUCUUCGACGAGUACCACCACAACGGAGCCACCACCACCACCGCCGCCGCCGCCCAGGCGUCGAGGUCAACGUCCCUACCAUCGGCCCUACAACCGCCGGCCCGUGGAUGAUUACUACUAUGACGAGACUGAGGAUGAGUACUACGAUGAUCGCUAUAGUCGCCGCAAUCCACGACCCCGCCCACGCAAGCCACAGCUGGACUACGACGAUGAGUACGAUGAGAAGAAGCCGCUGCGACACAAUCGCAAUCGCUACAGGGACGAGGAAGAUCUGAUAGACGAGGACUACGAUGAUCGUCGGAACAGACCUGGCGGCCGUCGAGGAAAGCCCGCAGCGGGCGCAGGCGGACGCGGUAAGGCAGUGCCCCGCAAGCCAGGACGAGUGGAUGAGCGGCGCAGCUUCACAGAGGACCGCGAUGCAGAGGAACCACGUCGUGCGGCUGGCAGACGCCGCAGCAGCGAUAAGCGCCCGACGCCCUCGACAACAGCUGUGUUGGAUGAGCUCGAUGAGUACGAGAAGCCGUACGACCUGGAUCAGGAGGAGGCAGCCGAGGAGCAGACUCCACAAAAAGUAAAAACCACGCCCAAGCCGCUGGCCGAGUUCGUCACGCCGAAAGCAGCGGCUGCCUCUGUCUACGCCCGUCCACGUGCCCCGCCCCGCAUAGCCCGUCCCGUGCCCAUCAACGAGAAGAAGAAGUACUCCUAUCCGGUGCAGAAGAGCACGGCGACGCCGACGCCAGCUUCAGCUGCUGACGAGCAGGAGGACGACGAUUACUAUCAAGAUCGUGAGCAGCAGGAGGAUGACUAUGAGGAGCCCAUACAGCCAGCGCGCUCUGCCUCUCGACGACGCACUGCAGCGCCCAAAGAGCAGAAGCCCACGCGCUCCACGCUGCGCAAGCCAGUCACGGACAAGAAAACACUGCUGGAUCUGGAGGAGGACUACGCGGUGGAGCAGAGGGAGGCGCCACGGCGCAAGCGUCCGCAGGCCAUCAGGGCGCGUGUCCCACCCGUCGAUGUCGACUUCGUGGAUGAUGUAGACUACGAGGAGCGACCAGUGCCUGUACGAGGUCGCGUGCGUACCAAGGCUGGAGUAGCACGUAAGCCAGUCGCGCGUCCACGCCAGCCCAUUGUCCACGAAGAGGAGGAGGAGCUGCUGGAGCCCGUCAGCGAGGAGCUAUCGGAGCAGCAGCGUGUUCCUCCAGCGCGCACCAACACCAGCAGUGGAAGAGGAGCUACGCCAGCCAAACCACUGCGACCCGCUUCGGUACGUGUGGUCAAGCGACCCUUCCUGCCGUCGCGUGGCGGUAGCCCCUAUUUGCCGCGUGGCCUGCAGCCGGUGGGUGUGGCAGUGCGAACGGCCCAUCUAGCCAAUGAGGCGCGCACCACAGACAGCACGCCCAUUGACAUGGGCUCGACCAUAUCGGGCGUGCGCCUGCUGGAGCAUGGAGCCCCACUGCUGCGCGGCGAACAGCCAGACAGCGAUAGUGAUGAGCUGCCGGCACCGUCGCCCAACCCACCGCGCACCACAUUGCCGCCACGCAGUGCAUUGCCCACGCCGGUAACGCCGCGCCGCCCCGAGCCACCACAGCCGGUCAAGCUCAAUCUGGACGAACUCUAUGAGAACGACUACGAUGUGACGCUGAACGAUGCGCUCGAUCCCACGCUUAAACCGCUUACGCCACUGCAUCCACAUCAACAGCAUCAGCAUCAGCAUGCCAACUAUCAGAGCCGGCCCUAUGCCAGUGCGUAUUCAGCACCUGCACAUGGUAGCGGGUCGUAUAAUCCAUUUGCCGGUCAUCCUCAGCCUCAGUCACUGUCAUCGUCACAGUCACAGUCACCGUCACAGUCACAGUCGCAAUCGCCACCGAACUAUCAUAGUGAUUCCUAUUUCUCAUCGACAGAUAUACGCCGGCGAGCGAUUGUCCCGGCGCAGAACGCGCGUUCACAUAGACACGAAUACGCUGCCCGAGGAGCAGUGAGCAGUGGCACCCAAGUGGGCACACGACUUGCCCAGCAUUACUACGACGAGUUUGCAUAUUAGAGUCGCGGUUACAAGUCUGUGAAAAAUUAAGUUUCUUCAGCUGUAUAUAACUUUCAACAACUAGAAGGCAGAUCGGUUGCCCAGGCAACUGCUUUUCUACACUAUCUUUUACACUAUCUAAUUAUAAUAUAUUUUUUCUCUAGUUAAAGUUCAAGCAGGCAUCAUUUUAUCAACUCAAUUUGCGCUUAACUUUUUACAUGAA